AUGCCUCGCUCUGGUAACUUCAGUAGGGAUCCAUCAACCUCUACUGAUAACUCCAAACUCGUACACCAACAAAUUUUAGCCCAGCAGCUUGACCUCGAUCAAACGACAUCUUCAGAUGUUGACAGUACUACACCGCCUCUAUUCCAAAAGAGAAAUAUCUCCAUCUACCCGCCAGAGCUCAUAUAUCCCAAGUCACGGUACUUUGGCUACAUUCCCCCACUGCCAACAAGCAAAGAGUAUCAGGCAUAUGCGGUUCUAUCACAGGAAGUUAACAACCAAAAUUUGGUGAGGCCACCGUCGACACAGGAAGAUUUUGUGGAAUUCGAGUUGACCGAUUUCUCAAUUUACAUGCCUGAUACCCCUCUCUAUGGGCAUGAAAUGCGGGGCCUUCAAGAUCUCGCAAGCAAGGCCAGCCAUUCAUGCUUGCUCUUCGACAGAAUCCUCAGUGUUGGAAGCUUACGUCAUUACGUUCAAGGUGUACCAUUCAAAAUAUGUUCUAUAGGAAACUAUGGUGAAGAAGUUGACGACGUUGAUGGUGCUAUCUGGCUUCAGUCUGAUCUGAAUGCAAAGGCAAAUAUUUACUAUCGGCUAGGGAAACCAACCCCAGAAUAUUCUCGUUUUCACCUUGGCUUUUUAUGGUUGUCGAAUCUGUCAAAGCAUUUUGUUGAUUAUUCUCUGGCAUGUCAGGAGCAAAAGAAAAAAGUAUCAAUUUGCAACUUCCGGACAGAAUUUGCGCAAUGGUGUAGGAAAGUCCACGCAAAAUCAUCAAAGUUCCAAUCUUGGUAUCUCGAAUAUGGCCGAGAUGAUUUAAGACAAACCGUCUCGGCAAACAUUAACUUUCUGUUCAAGGAAUCGAUUGGUGUUAUGGAAAAGCUUCGCUCGUUGGACAUUUGGAAGGAAGUCUUGGAAAAGUCAAGCAUCAAGCAACAUCCAAUAGUAGAGAAUAUGACGAUUGUCACACCAUAUGUCUACGAUUGUUUCAGCCAUUUAAGAUUUGGACACAUUCUCAAACCUCUGGUACCAACUGUCUUUUCAAAAAAUACACAAGGAUCAGAGGUGCAUUCACCACUGUCACUUUCGCCUAGGAGAGCACGCAUUACUUGGGAUCCCAACUCUUCGAUAAGGCAUCAACUUAUGUCUCUCUUUGGUGCCAAGGAUAACUUGGGGGUUGAAAUAAGCAAAUGGGAAGCAGCCAAACGACAAAAAAUGCUUGAUGCUAUCAAAGUAGGGGAUGUAUUAUCAGUCACCAAGGAUGGUCCGGAUUCUGUUUGGAAAGAUGAGACAAGCCGGUGGAAAGCAGAAGACCAUUGCUGGUAUCUAUACGUACAAACCAAGCACACAAGUCCCCGUGUCAUUGGUACUGUCUUCGUCGUUUGGCAUGGCCUACCAUCAGAGACGGAUAUUUUCAUUCGUCAAACAUAUCUGGACAAUGAGAACUUUGUAACGUUAACAGAUUCACACAAAAUAUGUAAGCAUCUACGAACGUCCAAGGAUGAUUCCUCAUUGUCAUCCACGAUAAUUGAUCGCUUCCCUAUUGGACAGACAAUACUUGCAUUACCUCCUCGGCGCAGAUCAGAGAAUGGUCUCGAGCCUUAUGAGGUUGUGAAAUACGAUGAGGAAAACUCUAAGUUAUACGUCACAUUGAGGAGACUUGUAAGAAGAUCAGACUUUGAAAAAGCUGUGUCUUGUCGACCAAAUGAGCUUAUAUACACUGAUAUAAAAGAUAAGAUGUCAGCUGCUAAACUCGAGAAAACAUGCUUGAUACGGUUUUAUACCGAAAAACAAAUCUUAGCCGACGAUGUCCCAGCACCCUAUUGUAGAGAUGGAGGCUCAAAUGCUUUUAUCAUCACGAAACGGCUGCGGGAGGGUGGCCAGAAAUUAAUACCGAUAGAGGACGACACGCCGCAAGGUCUCAUUCAAGGGUUUGAUCCCGAAGCACCACUCGAACGGAGGGUUCUGAACGGGCUCGAUCUUUUCUGUGGUGGUGGCAAUUUUGGUCGUGGCUUGGAAGAAGGUGGAGCAGUACAUAACAAGUGGGCUGUUGAUUUAUUCUCAGCGGCAGUACAAACAUAUUCUACUAAUUUAAAAGACCCGGAGGGAACUGACAUGUUCUUUGGUUCGGUGAACGAUUUACUAGUGCAGGCUUUUGAAGGCAAUCCGCAAAAAUUUAGAAUUCCUUCACCAGGUGAUGUUGACGUUAUCUUGGCGGGUAGUCCUUGUCAAGGUUUUAGCAGAAUGAAUAUGAAUAAGGGCAAUGAUCAAAGCCUGCGGAACCAAUCACUCGUCGCAUCUGUUGCGGCUUAUAUUGAUUUCUAUCGGCCUAAGUAUGGGUUAUUAGAAAAUGUCUUGACCAUGGCUCAAAAAGGCUUGGGACGUGAGGAAGAUAUUCUUUCCCAACUCAUAUGCACCAUUGUUGGUCUUGGGUACCAAGUACAACUUUUCCUACUUGAUUCAUGGAGUUUUGGUAGUUCCCAAGCACGAAGUCGAAUAUUUGUCUCAUUCGCUGCCCCUGGUUUCGUUCCACUCAAGCAUCCCGAACUUUCACAUUCUCACCCUCCUCACGUUGGUGAACGUGGACUGGGUAAAUUGGCAAAUGGACAAUCUUUCGGUAGUCGAAUUCAUUGCCCCACUCCUUUCAACUAUCUCACCGCUGAAGACUCCAUAGCUGAUCUUCCUUACAUUGGAGAUGGAGCGACGUCUCAAUGUACAAAGUAUCCGGAUCAUGUCACACCACAAACUUUGUCUAAAAUGUAUAGAUUCCAAGUUGCUUGCAUACCGACCCACCCAAGGGGUAUGAAUUUUUCGAAGACGUGGAAUAACGGAAAUGGCAUUAUGACCAAAGCAGAACGAAACAUCUUCCCAUAUUUCACAAAGUCUGGGAAAGUUCGGGAAAGCGUUACUUCAAAUUCCAGGGCCUGGGGGAGGGUGAAACCUCGUGGAUUAUUUCCAACCAUCUUAGUGACGAUAAACUUGGAGGAUUCCCGUAUGGGGAAUAGUUUACAUUGGGAUCAGCAACGACGCUUGACAAUUAUGGAACUACGUCGUGCACAAAGCUUUCCGGACGAUGAGGUGUUGGUAGGAACAAGAGGAGAACAAAUGAAAAUAAUCGGGAAUAGUGUUGAUAGGUCUGUUUCCAUGGCAUUGGGCAUUUCUCUAUGCAACGCCUGGCUCGAGUGUUCUCCGGAAGAUGAUAGCCAAGGGACACUUAUGGAAGCUCAAUCAUCUAUGACGGUGAUGGAAUCUUUAAACGAAAUUCCAAAAAGUACAACUUCUAUAGCUAUCGAAGUUGUUCUGAGUCAACGGCCGAAGCCGAUGCCACAUAUUGUCGGAACUCUAAGUAGCGUAUCGGAUGGCAUUGAAACAUCAACUCCCACAUCAUCAAACUCGAUAGGCUCAAAUUUGUCCGGCUUUGACGAAUCAAGUUCAUCAGAAAGUGUCAAAAAUCUACGAGACGCUUUAUCUAAAAUACAAAAGAGGAGACGUUUGAUCCAUCCUGACGACGAACCUGCUCUCAAAUCUCCAAGAUUGAGCCCAGCAAUUAAUCUUACAUCAAAAGCAAUAGAGCCUUUUGCGAGAUCGAUAUGCAAUUCGAGUCCAGCCUCAGGGUUCGAUUCCGCAAGACGUCCGGCUCCAAGAAGUAACUUGACACAAAAAGUUGUUAAAGUCAGACCAGAGCAAGCUUCUCCUGGCAUAUAUUCGGCAUCACCAUUUUCAACAGCCAUUUCUCCUGAUCAAGCAACCACACAUCGCGCUAAAAAUCUCACAAAUGGAAAGCCACAUUCUUCGCGAGGCAAACCCUUCAUCAUUAACGAUAGUGAAACUGAGAGCGGAAACACUCUAUGGGGAGAAUCUGGACCACGCACCUCAAAUCUUUUAUACCGAACUUCCCACUCCCACAAAUCAUCAACCAAAACCGGUAACCUCAAAAGUCCCUCAACAAAAUCUUCUCACCACAAAAAAUCUCCAUUUGUCAUCAAUCUUACAGAAUCUGAUAGUGAGGAUUAUGUUAGUAACAUCUCUUCAACUUUACCACAAUCCUCAUUCGAAGUCGUGAUUCCAAUGCCCAGCUCCAGAAUUAGAUUAGAGGAACAAAAUAAUAUUACUUCAUCUAGCUUUCAAUCUAGCGACCAAACAUUAGGGGGGAAUAGACACAAAUCUGCAUCGAAGAGAAAAAUCUAG